AUGGCCACCGGAACUGACCGACAACAGCGUGUUGCCGCGAGCUUCACCUGCCAGUAUUACACCCGCUUGGUGCAAGAGCCAGAGAAACUGAUUUAUUUCUACACCCAACAUGCCUCCUUUAAUCACAUGGGACACAAGGCAACGGGCGCUGCGGAGAUCGAAGAGGUCAUGGCGAGGCUGUAUCCCACGCAAGCUGGUGCCUCCGUUAAGAUUCAGAGGCUGACCUCCCUGACAGAUGAGGAUGGGCACAUUCACGUGUCGAUCAAGGGGUCAAUAACAAAUCCCCCAGGCGUGAGUCAGGAAUUUACUCACGAGGUGGAACUCAUGGAGCACACGUCGCAUCCAGGCAACUUUGGGAUAGUCUUUGAUAAACGCGAAAACGCCAUCAGUGGGGAGGCACCGAGGCGGUGGGCACUGGAGACACCUCCUAUGUUUGCGGCCGAACCGGCGGCUGACACGAUGGAAAGGAUUGAACAGCCAGCCCCGACGACUGUUGUAGCAACUGUAGAGCACUCCACAGCGAGGGAGGAUGUGAAGACACCAGAGAAAACGGAAUCAGCUGCUUUGGUGAAGGUUGCAACCACAGUUCCUGCCGCUGCUCCUGCAACGUUGGCUGAUACUAUUACUGAUGCUACGAGUCAAACUCAAGCAUCGAAAGACGUUGAAAAGACGACGGCUACGACAGAUCCAGCUGUUCCCGCUCCAGUUAUUGAGGUGAAGAAGCCGAAAAGCUUUGCAGAGGCUAUUAUGGUGUCCAAAUGUGGUGGAUCUUUACAGAGCCGCACCACACCGCUUAUGGUGCUGGCGAAGGAAACCAAGGACCCCUCUGCCUUGGGGCAAGCGAAGGAUAAAAAAGGGGCGGUGGUUCACCCAGUGAAAAAGCAGGCCAAUAAAGCUGCCCCCAAAAACGGUGCGGAUAAGAACAAGACGACUGGGGUCUCGUUGCCUGGCGAUGGUGGGAAGAAGACAGGAAAGACAUUGACUGCAGGGAGAAACAGCAAGGAUCAUAACAACAACGAUGUCAAUGCCAAACGCAAAGACGCUGAUGGCCGUCCACUGAGCCGUUUUGUGGUGUUUUACGAUAUUAUUGUGAAGGGCCUUCCCACCGACGCCACAGAGCAGACAGUCCGUGAUAUUGUGGAACCAAUUGCCCCAACUAAGCUUAUUAAGGUUCUUACACGAAAUGAUAAGAAUGAUUCAAGUGUCGUGCGCACCUUUGCUUUUGUUCAACUGGACCACAACGCCAUUAAGGAAAAGGGUGAUGACGUCAAGGCAACCGUGGCCAAGGUUUUGGCAGAUCACAAGGGAAAGAAGACUGUGGCAGGUUAUCGUAUUCAGAUAGACGAGGUUCGCGAGAAAUAUACUGCAGCACCCAACGAUGCAGCAGUGGAUGCAUCCGUGUAA